AUGUUUCUGCGACCUUCGUCUUCCUCCUCGUCUUCCACAACAACUCCGAUCACCGACAAAGUAAUAGCGUCGUUUCGUCCUGCGAAAACCUUCAACUACCAUCGCGAAGCAACUAUAACCUCACUAGAUUUCGAUGAUUCUGGCCAGUACCUCAUAUCAGCCGGUAUAGACAAAUCUAUCCAGCUCUACGACAUCCACAAGGGCGUCCAUCACAAGGAUAUCCAGUCCCAGAAAUACGGAGCCCAUGUGUCUCGUUUUGCCCAUCACGAGCUCAAUUGUCUAUAUGCUUCUACACCUACUCCAUCUUUGGAAGUAGACAACGGGAUACGAUAUCUUUCCCUAGGUGACAACAAGUACAUUCGCUACUUCAAGGGUCACAAGGAACAGGUAACAUCAAUAGAAGUCAACCCCGUGCAGAACAUCUUUCUUUCAGCCAGUAUGGACUACUCUGUCAAGCUCUGGGACUUCAAAUCGACAAAUCCAGUAGGUAAUUUGGACGUAGGGCAAAAACUGGUGAUAGCCUUCGAUCCCCAAGGAAUCAUUUUCGCUGUAGGAAAAUCACCAUCUGCGCUGGAUCCUUAUGCAAUGGGAAAUGUGGGGUUUUACGAUAUAAAGAACAUGGAUGCUGGUCCCUUUCUCUCUGUAGACAUUCCCCUGAAUGAAGGUAAGGUAUGGAGCAAACUUGAAUUUUCCAAUAAUGGUAAACUGCUUCUUGUAUCUACAGAUUCAUACGAACACUACAUUAUUGACUCGUUUCUGGGCCAGCUCUUGACCACACUCAGCCUUAAAAACCACGACAAGCCUACUGACUACUGGAUGUCAUUCAAAUAUCCCUUCACUGCAUCUUCUACAUUUUCUCCAUGUGGAAAGUUUGUCCUAGCAGGGUCUCCUAAUGGAUCAGUCUCUGUAUUUGACUUGAACUCUCUUCGUACAACCGAUGGCAACACUCAUAUGGUCACAAGCGAAGACAACCCCAUUUUCAAAAAGAGACAGUUUGUGUUACCUUCAGGUCAGGGAAUUCCAAAGAUCAUUGCAUUCAACCCCAAGUUGCUUACCUUUGCCACGGCAGAUAAUACGGUGACAUUGUGGCUGCCUAACACAUAG